AUGACAGUCCCUUCGUAUGACCAUGAUCUCGACACCGAUUUCCACCUGUUUCUGUCCACAGACGAUGGAUCCAAGCCAGUGACAUCUAUGCAGAUAUCCCCCGAGCCUCAUGUGUUCGUUGCGGUUGGCGAAGUGGGAGGAUGCACCAAGGUCUACGAAUGCGAAAGCCCAUUCAAUGUGAUCGCGAGUUUAAGCCCAGCACCUUCCUCAGAUCUGCCAUGCGAGCCCAAAUCUCUCGCCUGGAAUCCGAGCGACCCAACCGAGCUACAUGUUGGGUUUUCAAACGGAGACAUAAGCACGCAUCGAUUUUACAGAACUAAGGAUCAUGAUGAAUUUCAAUGUACCAGUACAGUAAUCCAGAGAGAUACGACCGACGAAAAGCAAGAAGGACCCGUGAAUCAUCUUGCAUUAUCUCGGGAUGGGUCCAUCAUGGGCGCCAUUAUCCACCAACGUCCGAUCGUGUUUCAUAGAGAUUCAAAUGGCGCUGUGGUGAAGACAACAUCUAUAGACUGCGGCUCCUGCACACCCUGGCGUCUGGUGUUCUAUCAACGCAGGAAUUUCGACCGCAUGAUAAUUGCGAUGCACAAUUCAAGUGACUAUAAGACUGGAGUGAUAGCGAUACGCGUGCCCGCUCCGGAAGAUGACAGCAACAAUAAGUAUAAUAUGCUAUGGAAAAUAGAGACGCGGCAAGACUUUAUUCUGAGUUUUGCCAUUUCUCCUGAUCAAUCUCGCUUCGCCAUCAUUUACGCACACGGAGGCCUUGAAGUUUAUUCCAUCUCGUCGGCCUUCAUCGCCGCCUGUAUAGCAUGGGAUCCUCCGUCUGAUGACGACAACUUCCCAUGGAUGUCUGCUUCAUCCAAAACAACUCACUGGUCAUUGUGGUUGAUCUUCGACGGGCAGGACGCCAACAAGUCUCGAGCAUUAUCUCGUUUAGAUGCGGCAACCUCCUCUCAGGGCGAGAUUCUAGUCAUUAUGGGUGACAGACACCCUCAUGCCUCUAAGGGAGACAUAAUCUUCCUCACUACAAAGAAGAUGCCGCCCCAAGAAGCCGCCCCAGCCCCCGCCGUGGCUUCUGCGCCGGCUCCAGGCCCUCUAAUUACCCCCACAACACCCGGGCACACUAGUACUUCUGCACCAAUACCCGUUCCUGACCCUGCCCCCGCUGCUCCCACCCCUGCACUAGCACCUGUUCCUGACCCCGCCCCCGCUUCUGCUCCUGACCCCGCCCCCGCUUCUGCUCCUGACCCCGCCCCAGCGCCCAUUCCUGACCCCGCUCGCGCUUCUGGUCUGUACCCUGCCCCCGCCUCUGGCCCUGCUGCCGGACCCACCCAAGUAUCAACACUAACUCCCGACCCUUCUCCUGCUCCCGCAGCCCCUCUGCCGCCGGCCGCGGCUCCAUCAGUUGUUGGCCCGAAAGGUGCUUUCAGCAGCGUCGGCGAGGGCUCACUUGUGGCACCAAACACACCAACUGCGAGGUCCCUUACAUAUGCGCCGCCUUUGGUACCUCCGAUGAAUCUGGAUCUCAACAGUGUUCCCAUCGAUAUCGAUAGUGUUCACGGUGAGGGUGCGGCAGCAUCAGAAGCAGACACCUUUGACUCUUCUUCGUCAUCUCCGACGGACGUGCCAAGAGCGGCACCAAUUGUGUCGCUGAAGACGACCAUUAUAUUGGGAGUUUUGCUUGCUGUAUACUCAGCCAUCCAAUUCACUCAAGAGACAACAGAGACAGCCACAGUGCAUGUUUAUUCAGUGGAAGCUCCCCCUAAGCCUGCCGCAUAUCCCACCAUAACUGCAACAGUGACGGAGACAGCCACAAUCAUAUCACUCCCCGCCGCCUCUACGUCCUUUGUAACCAAGACGGCAACUGUCACCUCAACAGUCAUGGGCGCAGACACAUCAACCCUUACUACGACCGUAUUCACAACCGAGACGGCGACACUGACAGUGCGGGCAAAGACCCAUGAUACAACGACCUUAUAUUCUGCGGCAUCCCGCAUUGGCGCCAUUCUGUACACGAUCAUAUUUGUGUUAAUAUGCAUAGUCCUACCUUUGGGAGGACUGGCACUAGAUCGCCCGGAUGCUAAGGAAGCGAUUUAUGGAUGUGCCAGGCAAGUCUGGGGGUCUUUAGGCGAAACUCAUCCAAAUAUCCAGAAUUUCCUUGUAGUUUUGAGUGUUUUUUUGUGGCGUCACUGGAACAAGUUCAUUGGACCAGGCGAUAACAAUGACAAUGGUGAUGGCGACAGAGACCUUGGCAAAGCCGUGGGGCCAAUUUUCAUGCCAGGGAAUGCGCAACUCGAUUGA